AUGGAGAGAGGCAGCCUGAUCCAGAAGGCCAAGCUGGCGGAGCAGGCCGAGCGCUAUGACGACAUGGCCGACUUCAUGAAGGGCGCCGUGGAGAAAGGUGACGAGCUGUCGUGCGAGGAGCGCAACCUGCUGUCGGUGGCCUACAAGAACGUGGUGGGCGGCCUGCGGGCGGCCUGGAGGGUGCUGUCCAGCAUCGAGCAGAAGGUCGCCGAGGAGGGGAGCGCCGAGGAGAAGGAGCGGGGCCCCGAGGUGCGCCAGUACCGGGAGAAGGUGGAGGGCGAGCUGCGCGCCGUCUGCGGCACCGUGCUGGGGCUGCUCGACUCGCACCUCAUCAAGGACGCGGGCGACGCCGAGAGCGGCGUCUUCUACCUGAAGAUGAAGGGCGACUAUUACCGCUACCUGGCCGAGGUGGCCACGGGCGACGACAAGAAGCGCACCAUCGACUCGGCGCGCGCCGCCUACCAGGAGGCCAUGGACAUCAGCAAGAAGGACAUGCUGCCCACCAACCCCAUCCGCCUGGGCCUGGCGCUCAACUUUUCCGUCUUCCACUACGAGAUCGCCAACAGCCCGGAGGAGGCCAUCUCUCUGGCCAAGACCACCUUCGACGAGGCCAUGGCCGAACUGCACACCCUCAGCGAGGACUCCUACAAGGACAGCACCCUCAUCAUGCAGCUGCUGCGAGACAACCUGACCCUCUGGACGGCGGACAGCGCCGGGGAGGAGGGCGGCGAGGCACCGCCCCCUGAGGAGCAGCCCCAGAGCUGA